UUUUUAUCCAGACGAACUCACCCUCUUUUUUUCUGUCAUACCUCCGAGUCGCAUUACCCUUCCCCAGCUCUUAAAUCAGCUUGGCCGGUCGACGAUAUUGCUAGUCUUCCCUUCCUUUAUCGGAUUUGGUACAGUACUAGCAAAAAUGUCAUUCUCUAAUCUCGUCCAUGAUCUCGCUAUUCGCGAUACCAUUACGCCACGUCAGCCUCGAGGCACGGCUUCAGUUUCAACUGUCGACGACCGAGCUUCCCAUAUCUCGAGAGCCAUGUCCUACGCGAGCACAGCAGCAACUAGCGUAAGCAUUGCAGGAGACAUUUCUAGCCAACUUCACGGCGGUUACCACCACCCUCUAGCUAGAUCAUGGCAAGCCGAGCGACAAUUGACUAAGUCAAUGUUGAUUUACCCUCUCUUCAUUUCGGACAUCGAUGACGACGAAACUCUUAUUCCUUCCUUACCAGGCCAGUACCGUCGCGGCAUCAACAAGUUAGUUCCGUUUCUAGAGCCAUUGGUCCGAAAGGGUCUCCGAUCAGUGAUCCUGUUCGGAGUUCCUCUCAAACCCGGUAGCAAAGACGCAUUGGGAACUGCUGCCGACGAUCCGAAAGGCCCGGUCAUCCAAGGUAUCCGUUUAUUACGACAGCGAUUCCCUCACCUAUUUAUCGUCGUUGAUGUUUGCCUUUGCGAAUACACCUCACAUGGCCACUGCGGAAUCCUCAGGGACGAUGCUACUUUGAAUAACCAAUUGUCGGUAGACCGAAUUUCCGACGUUGCCAUCGCCUACGCCCAAGCUGGUGCCCAUUGCGUCGCUCCAUCCGACAUGAACGAUGGCCGUAUUCGAGCCAUUAAACUGAAACUUAUCGAGGAAGGAAUUGCGCAUAAGACUCUACUAAUGUCAUAUGCCGCUAAAUUCUCUGGUUGUCUCUACGGUCCCUUCAGGGAUGCUGCUGGCUCGGCACCUUCAUUUGGCGACCGACGGUGUUAUCAGCUACCACCCGGAGGGCGUGGUCUUGCCCGACGAGCCAUAGUCAGAGACAUUGGCGAGGGAGCGGAUAUUAUCAUGGUGAAGCCUGCUGCCCAAUACCUCGACAUUAUCAGUGACGCGAAGGAGUUGGGCAAGGAUCUUCCCAUCGCCGCUUACCACGUGAGCGGAGAGUUCGCGAUGGUCCACGCUGCUGCAAAGGCCGGAGUGUUCGACCUUAAAACGAUGGCGUUCGAAGUCACCGAGGGAAUACUUCGGGCCGGUGCUACUAUCAUUAUCAGCUAUUUCACCCCCGAAUUCCUUGACUGGUUAGACAACUAGCCAAUUUUAUAUAUACUUGGGAAUUCCGUCACGUGCUUAGCAUUGGAGUUUUUGGCGCCUAUGGGAGCAUUGGGUUAUACAAAUUAUGAGAGCGAGAACGACGUCACGUAUAUAGAUUUACGUAUGCUGUCUUCGAGAAUGGACAAGACCAAAAGUCAGUUGAAAGUGUAUGAACACAUAAUAGGAAUAACAACCAAUCAACCAAUCAGUGGAAAGAACCAGACAAUUCUGCAUUUCAUAUCUAUCCUAUCCAUUAUGACAGACCAACUCAUAAGUAAAACUCACGAUUUAUACCUAGGUGCCUUCUGUGUUAUGUGAUAUAGCUAACGGCAUCAUAUAUGUAAACACCAUACUCGCGACAAGACGAAAGUCAAUUUAUGCUACUACAACUGGGGCACGCAUAGUUUAAAGAGGCGGAGAAAAAAAGAA